CAACAUCAACCUUGCAAAGCGCCAUGUAUAGACGAAAUGCACAUGACCGGCUUCCAAAAACCCUCGUUUGGACAAGGUCCGAGCAGGGCGUCGACUUUAGGGUGCCCCAAAGGACCAAUUUCUCCAGCCGGUAUGAAAACUUUCCUCCACAUCGGAGCGAUUCAUCGCCUGGGUGUUGGGUCCAUGGCUCACCUCUUAUCACAAAAGAGACCAGCAGGAUCCAUCGAUACUACGUGACAGAAUAUGGGCUUCUAGGACCCUUUAGCCUCGAUAGUUCUUAUUCAGCUUUUUGUUGAGCCUUUUGUUCAUUUUCUUUCAUAAUUAUUAAAUCGAACCUUUGUGAAUGAUCGAAAUCUUGAUGGUGAUGAUGAUGAAGCAAGUCAACACAGCUGUUCAACAUAGCCAGUCGGCUGACAACAUCUUGGGUGUCGGCUCCGAGGUUGAUUCGGAUAACGCUCUACUGGAGAGUAUAGGAUAUAGGCAGGAAUUUCGGCGGGAAUUCACGAGAUGGUCAACGUUAUCAUAUGCAAUCUCUAUUAUGGGAGUGCUAGGCUCAGUCCCAGCAUCUUGGGCAUCGCCGUUGGCUGCUGGAGGCCCGGCAACUGCUAUAUGGGCUUGGUUCUCGGGUGCAUUCUUCUCUUUAUGUAUUGCACUAUCUGUUGCUGAGCUUAUGUCGGCCUAUCCCACAUCUGGUGGCAUGUAUUUUGUUACGAAGCAUGUUUUCCCUGAAGACAAAGUUCCUCUCGCCGCCUGGAUUAUAGGAUGGUCCAACUUUCUAGGCCAGACUGCAGGCGCAGCUUCUCUUGGUUAUUCGAUAGCACAAAUGAUACUCGCUGCGGUAGUCAUCGGCUCAGAGCAAGAUGAUGGAACAUUUGCCUACACUCCGACGGCAGAGGUGACGGUAGCUUUGAGCAUUGUCAUCCUUAUUUGUCACGGAAUUAUCUGCUCAUUUUCAACUGCCAAACUUUCCAGUAUCAUCAAGUGGUUUGCGCCGAUCAAUUGUAAGCCCAACCAGUUGGUCGGCUCGGUCGCAAUUUCGAUUGCCCUCCUCGUACUUCUGCCCAACAAACCACCGGCAAGCCGGGUCUUUGGUGAAGUGUCAGACGGAUCAGGUUGGAACAGCAAAGGCUUCUCAUUUCUGAUUGGCUACUUGAGCGUGGCAUGGACUAUGACCGAUUAUGACGCUACAGGUCACAUAUCGGAAGAGCUUCAUAGCGCAGCAAUCACUGGGCCGGUAGCAAUAUUCCAGGCUGUGCUUGUGUCUUGGUUCUUCGGAUGGCUACUCAAUAUUGCUUUAGGUUUCGGUGCCGGUGAUGUUGCGAGUCUUCUAUCUACGCAGAUGGGAAAUCCCGCAGCUCAAGUAUUCUAUAAUGCCGGCGGCCGUAGGGGAGGAUUGGUGAUGUGGUUCUGGGUCAUACUAAUUCAGUUCUUCACAGGUAUUACUGCACUUCUGGCUGAUUCCCGGACUUGCUUUGCACUUGCACGCGACGAAGCGUUGCCAUUUUCUAGUGCCCUACGAAGGAUGAAUUCGCGCACCCAGACUCCACUCUAUAGUGUUUGGGUAGUUGUCAUGGCAUGUUGCCUAAUGAACCUGAUAGGACUUGGCAGCUUUCAGACGAUCAAUGGAAUUUACGGAGUGACUGCGCCGGCAAUGGACCUUUCAUACAUUGCGGUCAUAGCUGCGCGUAUGUACUAUGAGAAAGAACGGCCUAUCUCCAAAGGGCCAUUCCAGAUGGGGCGUUGGCAAAAGCCGAUCAACACCAUCGCAAUCGUCUGGGUUCUGUUUAUAUCGGUGAUUCUAUUUUUUCCUCCAACAUAUCCAGUCACACCCUUGAACAUGAACUACGCGGUUGCUAUCGCUGGGUUCGUUGCUUUGUUUGCAAUUACGUGGUGGUAUCUACAGGCGAAACGGUUUUAUACGGGGCCCAGAGUUGAUGACAGCUGAACACGCAAAAACACAUUUCUUGGGAGGGCUGAAGACAGAACGUGAAAACCAAAAAGUCCUUGAUCUGCAGAUUGGGCUACACAAUACUUAACACUGACUUCAGUAUAAAUGGCAUAAAAUCUGGUCGAAAUUUCUUGGAUCCCUAAUUUGUUAGUCUGAAGGUUUUUUAUGGCUCUCAAAGGCUUUAUCCGCCACUAUAUCCAUCCGUUCGGCGCACUCAAACGCUUGGUAGGAACUUAUGUGACAAUCCACCACGUGCAGACAUCCAUUGGUGGCCCUUUCAAGGCUUUAUGAGAAUACCUAAAACCUCAGCAUGGCGACGAUAUCUUCAAGUACAGCUCAACCCCAACCUGAAGCAAGAUGCCUCAGUAGUGCUGGGUAGUAAAUUGCUGGGACAUGAGCACAUGCACCGUUUAGCUACUGCUAACGAGCCCUACGGAAAUAACAUAGCAGUGUUAUUAGUGGAAUAGACGAGCUACUGUGGUAGCAUACUUUUAUAC